AUGACCGAUGCUCUGGCCGCCGCCUUCAUCUUCCUCACCCGUCCGUCUUCGUCACUCCUGUUGGGCUCUACGAGACCGCAGAGGCACGAAGAGACCUCGGAACCGCUUCUUGGUGUCGACGUCUUCCGAGCCUCGCUAGAAGGCGCGAUCACGGUCUGCCCACAUCUCAUCAACAACUGCAGCCAUUUAAACCUCUUCCGCCGUCCAGAACCUCGCCAGCGAGCUCGCCGUGGUAUUCUUCGCCGGAGCGCCAAUCCUCCGUGA